AUGGUUGAUCCACUUCUGAGGCGAAUCGAUGUCAAGUUCAACACCAGCUCUGGUGAAGAGGUUUCUGUCGAGGCGGUGUAUCAGGAUACUGCCCCAUCUGGAUCUCGCCUGGGUACGGUAGUGGCGAUACAUGGUGCUCCAGGGUCUCAUAAAGAUUUCAAAUAUGUGACACCUCUAUUACAUGAGAAAGGAAUACGAUUCAUCGGAGUCAAUAUGCCUGGCUUUGGUUCCACUCCAGGUGACCCUCGACUUCGGUGUGACAAUACAGAACGUAAUAACUUUGUUUGUGAACUGAUUAACAGAAUCGGUAAUAUUGAACGAUUAGUAGUUAUGGGACAUAGCCGAGGAUCCGAGAAUGCAGUUGCUGUGGCUGCCAGGAAUACGAGGCUGGUCAGAGAAGAGCAAGUUUACAACAGUAUAAUCGGCCUUCGAUUAGAUACUGGUGAAAGGGCAAUGAUGUGUGUACGGACGAUGUCACACAUCGAACUUGCUGAAGGCUUACUACCUAAUAUAGAUCGGAUCAAUCGAAAACAAGAUGCUCGUGUACUUGUGGCUUACUCCGGUAAGGACUUUCUCAUUGAAACAAGUAUUUCACGAGAGCUGGCAGAUGCAUUCAAGGAUCACAUUGAGCUGAGGAGUGAAGAUGACGAUGAGUUAACAGAGAGCAAAGCUACACAACAAACACGGGACAUGUUCUCAAAUGGAACCAAAACAGUUUCAAUAAACUUCGAGAAGUGUGGUCACUUCCUCCAGCGAGAUCGAUCCCAGUAUAUCGCUGAUGCUAUAGAGGCGAUUCUUCAGAACAGCAAAGGAUUGCCAGCAUCUUAA